AUGGAAAUGCUGAAAACACAAAGCGUCUUGGUGACGGGUUCCAACCGAGGGAUCGGCUUUGAGAUUGUCAGGCAGCUGGCAGGGAAAAGCAAUCGUCCAGAAUGGAUCUUUGCCACUUGCCGGGACCCAGUGGGAUCACGUGCCCAGGAGCUGAAGAACCUGGCUGCCAAACACCAGGGAGUGGAGAUCAUCCCACUGGAUAUUACUGAUCCAACCAGCAUCCAGGCCGCUGCUGCCAAAGUAACUGAAAAGCUGCAAGGAGCCGGGCUGAAUCUCCUGAUCAACAAUGCUGGGAUUGGAAAGCCAAGCAGUCUGGAAUCAGAGACGGCAGAGGACAUGUCCGCGGUGUACAAAGCCAAUGUGAUAGGGCCCAUGAUGGUGAGCCAGGCAUUCCUGCCCUUGCUGAGGAAGGCGUCUCAGGAGAGUCCCCAGAAAGGGAUGAGUUGUAGAAAAGCCGCCAUUGUCAACAUGUCCAGCGAAGGUGGCUCCAUCACCAAUGUCCUCGGUUGGGAUGCUGGACAUGUCAUUAACUACCGUUGCAGCAAGGCUGCCCUGAACAUGCUCACCCGGUGCCAGGCCCUGGGAUUUGCAGAAGACGAGAUCCUGUGUAUUGCACUGCACCCUGGAUGGGUGCAAACAGAUAUGGGAAACGCAUUGGUAGGUGUACAAGCCCCAAUGGCAGUGGAACCAAGCGUGCAAGCCAUCCUGAACACCCUCGGCCGUCUCUCUGAAAAAGACAACGGCACUUUCGUGAACUGGGAGGGGGCAGCCCUGCCUUGGUGA